AUGACUUUAGGGACGGACAUGUCCGACAGCUCCGCGUUGUCCGAGGACGUGGACAUCGACGUGGUCGGCGGCGAUUUGUCCGACGGAAAGAACGGGAAAAAGUACAUUCACCACGAGUUCAACUUGGACAAUGACUCGGACGAUAAUUACGCGCACAGCGCGGCCGAGAGGGUCUCGUCCCCCGGGCUCAGCAGCUCGGAGUGCCCGUUGGACCAAUUGGGGUCCGGCACGGAGGCCGGGAACGCGACCGGGGACAAACCCCGAAAGAGCGCACUGGUCAAACCGCCUUACUCCUACAUCGCCCUGAUCACCAUGGCCAUCCUCCAGAGCCCCAAAAAACGCCUGACGCUCAGCGAGAUCUGCGAGUUCAUCAGCAGCAGAUUCCCCUACUACCGGGAGAAAUUCCCCGCGUGGCAGAACUCCAUCCGCCACAACCUGUCCCUGAACGACUGCUUCGUGAAGAUCCCGAGGGAACCGGGCAACCCCGGGAAGGGCAACUACUGGACCCUGGACCCGGACUCCGCGGACAUGUUCGACAACGGGAGCUUUUUGCGCAGGAGGAAGCGCUUCAAGAGGCACCAGAGCAACGAGAUCCUCCGGGACGCCGGGGGGUUCCUCCCCGGGUUUGGAUACGGCCCAUACGGAUACAACUACGGACUCCAGCUCCAGAGCUUCCACGCGGCGCACGGCCCGUACCACGCGCACCACGCGGGCGGCUCGUUCCCGUUCCCGAAUUCCCCGUGCACCUUGCCGUCCUCGGCCUCCAUUUUCCCCACACCGCAUCACCUGCCCUCCCUAUUAGGGGCCGACUUACGGAAGCCCUUUUACCCCCAACUGAGCCCGUCCCUGCCGUCCCUCAAAACGGACUCCAGCACCCCGAAUCGACCCUCGUUCUCCAUCGACAACAUCAUCGGGGGGGGCAACCCCCCCUCCUUCCCCUACGGCGCGCAGACGGGCGGUCAGUCCCAGAUCCUGGCCAUGCUGACCCCGGCCCUGGCCACCGCUUCCAGCCACUUGAACUUAUCACAGGACGGGACGCAGGGUCAGAUUUUCCCAGCCAAAAUUCCGAACGUGAACGCUUGUCCUUUCUAA